UGACCACAAAAUAAAAGGAAGUCAUCACAUUGCGGCUCACGCAGGUUGUGCUCUACCCGCCUCAAUUUUCUCCUGUGAUAUCUAAUUUUUUUACUGUUUUAUUUCUAACCAGACACAAGUAAACGCAUCGAGCAGACCGCAGGAGUAGCCUUAAUGCACCAUGAGUUUAUUCGGAACAACCUCUAGUUUUGGAACAGGGGGGACCGGUGUCUUUGGAACCACGACAACAGACAGCCAUAACCCUAUGAAGGAUGUUGAAGUGACUUCACCCCCAGAUGACAGCAUCAGCUGUCUGGCUUUCAGCCCCCCUACCAUGCCAGGAAACUUUCUUAUCGCAGGAUCCUGGGCCAACGAUGUGCGGUGCUGGGAGGUGCAGGACAAUGGGCAGACUGUCCCUAAAGCCCAGCAGAUGCACACGGGGCCCGUGCUGGAUGCUUGCUGGAGUGAUGACGGGAGUAAAGUCUUCACUGCAUCAUGUGACAAAACAGCCAAGAUGUGGGAUCUUAACAGCAAUCAAGCAAUGCAGAUCGCCCAGCAUGACGGCCCAAUUAAAGCAAUCCACUGGAUAAAAGCACCCAAUUACAGCUGUAUCAUGACAGGCAGUUGGGAUAAAACAUUAAAGUUCUGGGACACUCGGUCCCCCACUCCUAUGAUGUCCCUGCAGAUGCCUGAAAGAUGCUACUGUGCAGAUGUUGUGUACCCCAUGGCGGUGGUGGCCACGGCAGAGAGAGGUCUUAUUGUGUACCAGCUGGAGAACCAGCCCUCCGAGUUCCGCAGAAUAGACUCGCCUCUCAAACAUCAGCACCGCUGUGUUGCCAUAUUUAAGGACAAGCAGAACAAGCCCACCGGGUUUGCACUGGGAAGCAUUGAAGGCAGAGUAGCAAUCCACUAUAUUAAUCCUCAAAACCCAGCCAAAGAUAACUUUACCUUCAAGUGCCACAGGUCCAACGGGACCAACACAACCACUCCACAGGAUAUCUAUGCUGUGAACGCCAUUGCCUUCCAUCCUGUCCACGGCACUCUGGCCACUGUGGGCUCAGAUGGACGCUUCAGCUUCUGGGACAAAGACGCCCGGACCAAGCUGAAGACCUCCGAGCAGCUUGACCAGCCCAUCACGGCGUGCUGCUUCAACAACAACGGCAACAUCUUUGCGUACGCUUCCAGCUACGACUGGUCAAAGGGCCACGAGUACUACAACCCCCAGAAGAAAAACUACAUCUUUCUGAGGAACGCCGCUGAGGAGCUGAAGCCUCGGAACAAGAAAUGAUUCCCCGUGCCAUGUCGCGUCUCUUGUGGGGAAAUGUGGACGACCUGCUGCUUUAGUGUGUGUGUAUGCGCUCGAGACAGACUCCUACCUUUCCGGCAAACCCCCCCUGGACCAACGGUGUGCCGCUGUGUACUGUACAUGGACCAAUCAAAUGGGCCUUUCCAGCCUGGCGUUGAUGACUGCUGCAUGACAAGUUAGCCUCGGAGGCCACCAUAGAAAAGGAGAAAUUAAUUUGACAUGCAUCUUUCUGUUUCCUUAUUUUUUUUACAACUUUUCAAAGCCUUUUUUUGGUGUUUCUGUGAUUUCCUGUUACUUAAUAACAAGCUUCAUCAAAGAACUAGGUAGGAAACAGGUCUGAGCACUUCACCUUCUUCUUUCACCCAAAGGAGGAAAUGGAUUGUUUGCUGUAAAGUUGUCUGUUUGGGGGUUACAGAACUGUAUUCUGCAUGCAACAAAUUUCUCCAUGUAGCUCUCCUGACAUUUAAAACAUAAAUUUAGUCUUGGAACAUC